AAGACUCCAUGAAUGUUGGUCUGAGAGUGUGCGAUUCAGAUUCCUAUUUGUCAUGUUUCUCAAAUUGAUGAUAUUGGGAUCGAUCAUGUGAUUGAAUGAACAAGACGAGCGGAUGAAACCUCUGUCUUCUAUCAGGAUGGUGUCUACGUCACCGGUCGUCCUGCCAUGUGUUUGGAUUCUUCACGACUACGUUGUAGUCCCCUUGUUCUUGGUGGUCGUAUUGUCUAUCAACAAUGCCCUUUUUAGCGCUGUCGCUGUAUCAUCAGCCUCACCUUCUCCUUCACGCGAGACCUCCCGAACCCCCGCCACUAUUGUAGGGGUAGGAGCUACACGAGGCUCUUGCCGUGUCCGCGAAGCUGCACAUGGUUUUCCUGUAAGAGGAAAAGAGCUUCUUGUUGGCGACAAAGAUCCUGCUACAGCUAUGUGUCUUGAACUCGAUCCAGAGCCAAGACUCGACUCAAGUCGCAUUACAUCCACAUCGUCAAAUUUUACUACGUCUUCCGACUCCGACUCUGGUAAGACUAAGACGCACGAAAUGUAUGCCGGUGGUAUGGACGAGCAACGAAACAGAGAAAAAGGCGUAGAAGAACGAAGUACCAAAGGACAUCGAAAGAAGAUUGUGGACGUGGACGAAAUAAAUAGCUAUUGUAGCCAGCGACGUGACGAUAAAAAUGGGCAUGAGCGAUUGUUUGGCGAACUACAAGAUUGGUAUCGCGAUCUUAACAAGGCCUUCAAUGUCUCUGCAGUUUACGCAGCUUAUCGCACAUCGUGGACAACUUCUUCAUCGCCUUCGCCCUCGACAAAAGAAGAAGAAGAAGUCGUGCGUGGCCUAUUCGCAGCACGAGAUCUGAAGCGGGGUGAGAUAGUUGCGCGUAUUCCGUCCAGAGCGGUUUUUUAUUGCCCCUCUCGAUCAGUCCCUAGCUGUGUCCCAGACUUCGCUCGGUUGGUGUGGAAGAGCAAGAAUCAAGUAGAGGUAGGCGAUGUCGAUGACGAGCUAGAAGAAGUGCCAGAUGAAAACAAGAAGAAAGAAAAGCCUGAUGGCCUUCCACCUGGUCCUCUCUACCUUCCGUAUUUUCGUCACGUGCUGCCACGUUCAUCUCAGGCAUACGGAGGUUUGUGGCUUCUACCCGAGUCUAUCUUAAAGGGUCUGCGCCAAUUUUCCGUGGUUUUCGCGCAAGCACUCAGUCGCAAAGAACAGAUGGCGAAGCAGGAAUACGCAAUUACAAUACUAAGAGCAGGGGGAAUACCAAUACACUGACUAGACAGUAUGUUUAUUAAGUAUGCAGGAGUAUUCGAAAACUCAAAAUAACCGAGUUACUGAAUGAAAUAAGGGAGGUAGCUUAACGUCAAGGCUACUCUUCCUCCUCGUCAGUAUCUCGGUUAUUCUGAUCAGUUACUUGCUUAUUUCAGUUUUUCGAGUAGAAAGAUGAAUAGUUCCACUUCCAACUCCUAGUAGUUUGCCAUAAUCCAAUGUGGUGGAUCAUGAUCAUCCAAGUUGUAGUUUGUCAUCAUCCUGGUGGAGCUCCACGACAGGAAAGAUGAUUGAUAGCUCAUCUAAAAGCACCACAAAGUACCGGUGAUCAGAAGCCACAAAUUGGAGUUUCGGAGCUAAAUCGUUCCUUCCUAGAGUACGCACAUAUUCUCUUGGAUCAACGUGCGAUUCCAGUAUCUGAGCGCUUCGCCCAGAAGCGACUUCACCCAAGUACAGUUGCUAUCAUUCCCUGGAUUGACCUGGUGAACCACGACGCGAAAUACGUGAAUGUUGAAUGGGUGUCGGAGAGAAAAUCGAAAAAAUCGAAAACCACGAGUAAGCAGAUGAAGCAGAAGGAGACGGAGAGUACAUCUACUAAACAGAAGAAGACCAGUAGAACUACAACUUCUAGUUCUACUAAAUCUAGCAAAACUAGACGACACUCCAAUGCCAAUCCUCUGGAAGACGACAAGAAUAUCGAGCUUGAAGCCGAGUUUGGAGGGGGUCUUCAUCCUACGAUUCUAUCUGGAUCUAGUGAAGAUGCAGAGGUAAUACGUGCAACGCGUGAUAUUAGAGCUGGUGAAGAGCUCUUCGUGGACUACUUUGCGCAAUCAAAACGAAACCGUAAACUAAAGAGUAAGACUAAAAGUAUGUCCUCGGUGUCGGCGAAUGAUUAUGGAGAGGUACUAGGCUAUCACUAUCUGGUGUGAAGAGGCAUUCCUUCGGAGUAAGAGUAGCGUCUCCCUUGAUUUGCAUUUAAAUGAACCAAGGUUGAAAAAUGCCACUCACUCAAACGCGGAUAGUGAUUAAACAGCCACGACCAUCAGGAGGUGGUGGGAUUAUACGACGAUGACGAAGAUGAUACUGAGCUUCUCAUAGCGACUUUUGCAUUUUGUAGACAUAAUACGACAUCAUCAUCGAAGAACAACAACAAGAAGCAAACAGAUGAAUCAGAAACAGCAAGUAAAAGACAGAGAAACCCAAGGACAACAACCACCUCUAGCUCAAAACAAAGUUCGCAAGAGAUGGCCAGUAUCGUUCAGAAUUGUAAGCUUUUUAGAGGGCGCGUUAAGCCGUUCCGUACCCUCUUAGAAAGGAAAUUCCCGCGACAGCUGAACCUGAUAGAUUGUCUACUGGCAGAAAAGUGCAGCUAG